AUGGUCUAUGGUUUCACUCUGACUGACAAGUAUCUCAUCGCUGCUGCGCAAACAUGUGUCGUGUAUAGCCAUGAUCCCCUCCGCCCGGGAAAACAAGCCGACUUUAAUAUUGGGUUUAACUGGGAGGUGAAGUGCCACCCGGAGUCUAACCUCUUGCUUGUUGCUACAUGGGAUGCCGCUGGCAAGGUAGGAUUGUGGAAUUAUGAGAAUGGUACGUACAUCCAGGACUUUAUCGGGGGCGGGAUGGCACGUUCUGUUGCAUUCAUCAACAAGUCCCAAUAUGCAUCUAGUUCUAGCAGUAGCGAGAUUCUGCUAUGGCAGCGAGAGAAGCAAGAGCCUACCCGCACUCUCCAGGGUCAUAGAGGACGGGUCACACGGCUAGAAAGCAAGGAGAGCAUGUUGUUUUCUGCAUCUGAGGAUGGAACUGUACGAAUUUGGAACACAACGUCCGGUGAAUGUAUUCAAGUGUUGGAAGGCCACCCGGAGGAUACCUCGAUUCUGAAUUUUAGCCCUGAUGGCUCUCCCCUUCGCGUUGGCGGCGGCACUGGUCAAGUUCGCAUUUGGGACUGGAAGAAUGGCAAAAUGAAGGCAGAACGACAAACUGAAGCCAGGCAUACUACGCUCUACUUAAAUGCCAAUGAUGGGAACCUAAUAACUGGUGGGAUUGAUGGAACAAUUAAGACUUGGACACAGGAUGGUGAGCUCGUCGACAGCUUUGUUGCGCAUGGAGUCCCAGUUCGUGGGCUUGGUAAGGUUGGUCAAUUUCUAGUCACUAUUGGAACAAGUGAUGGCCGUAUUAAGCUUUGGGAUUGGCAAAGCCGGAAGUGGCUCGUUGAUCUUCAGGAGCCAGUUGGUUUUAUCAGGAAUGCUACGACAGGACAUGGGAAGUUGGCUAUCUUGUCCAAGGGUGAGUCUGGGGAGACUCACAAUGUACAGGUUUGGGCUCUGGAUUUGAUUGAGCAGUUUGCAUCCAGGCAUGUUGAUAGCGCGUUUUAG